CAGGAUGGUGUCGAUCGUUCUCGAGGUGGCGUGCAGCCUGGUGGCCUGGCUGUCCCUCUAUGCCACCUGCUGCCACUGGCACAAGCACCGUUCCUGCGAGUGGAGCUGCCGCUUGGUCACCCUGCUGCAUGGGGUGGCUGUCACCUGCCUCUCGGGCUACGUUGCUCUUCUGGACGGGCCCUGGCCUCUAACCCAUGCAGGUUCACCAAACACACCUCUUCAGAUCCAUGUGCUGGCCUUGACCUUGGGUUACUUCAUCUUUGACCUGGGCUGGUGCCUGUACUUCCAGACAGAGGGGGACCUCAUGCUGCUCCACCACACGCUGAGCAUCUGUGGCAUGAUCAUGGUGCUGGGGCUCGGCAAGUCUGCUACCGAAGUCAAUGCAGUUGUUUUUGUUAGCGAGAUCACCAACCCCCUGCUGCAGGCCCGCUGGUUUCUGCGGGAAAUGGGCCGCUACCACACUUGGCUGGGCGAGGUGGUGGAUUUCUUCUUUGUGUUCCUCUUCCUGGUGCUGCGCAUCGCGGGGGGAGCUCUGAUCAUGUACGCAAUGCUGGCGUCCCCUCAGCCCAGCUGGCUCCUCAAGGCUGGGGGCCUGGCCAUGUACCUUGUAUCUCUGGGCUUCAUGGUUGAGAUCUGCCACUUCGUGAGGAGGAAAAUGUUGAAGAAAUUCCCUUCCUGGACAAGCCUGAGGAGUAUGAAUGCACCUGUGAAAACAAACGGGCACCUGACAGCUCAUUAAUGGUUGUGGAAGGGGCCCUUGGGGUAGCUCCUAGUUCCUGAGGCCCAUCUUGGUGACAAGAACUCCUGAAAGUGGCACAGAACUGACUUUUGGGCACCUGUAGCUUUCUGCCACCCACAGAGAAGAUGAAUCAGGUGUGCAGAAAAGCUGAGAGAAAGGGGAUUUAAGUAGAAAUGGGAGGAAUUUCGCAUGUCUUCUGACCUGCGAUUCCCUGCCUCCUCCAGCAGCGGUGCAGCCUCUAGCAGGGCACUAAUGCUGGGCCUAACGAGUCUGCAACUACGGCGUAGGGCCAGAAAGUCUAAUCAGGAAAAUCCCACCCCCUUGUUGGUGUAACCAGGUAGGGGGGUGACCUAGCCAAAAUUUGCUCGGCCUCACUCUCCCCUAAUCCAGAAACAGGGCAAAACAUUUGACCAAGUACUUGGAUGAAAGCUUCUGAACCCGACAGAAGUGCUUGUAGGGGUAUAGUGGAGUUGUUCUUUGUGUGAAGCGGUGGUACCUGAGGGUGAGGCAAUGUUUUACCUCAUUGUUUUUAAUGACACGUUUCUUUUCAUUAUUAUUAUUUAUUUAAAUGCUUGCAUUCAAGCAGAUAUUGAUCUUAGAGCACUGUGACUUCCUGGAGUUUGACUCUGGCACUUACAAGACCCUGUUCCUGGCAGACAGGAAUCCAGAAUUAGACUUGUGCUGAUAAACUCCAUAAGCAGGUAUUUACCUAGCCUUGGAUUUUUUUUAAUUAUUUUUUUUUUAAAAAGUAGACACUUCUUGUGUGAGAGAUGAUAGAUUAGAGUCUUCUCUGGCUGCUCUCUGUUCUGGGGCUGACUUAUUAC